AUGAUAGCCCCCAGAGGCAGACCGGACGAGGAGGAGGAGGAUGCAUCUGUGGAAGGAGGAGGAGGAGUGUUAUUGGCAGGAGGAGGAGGGGAGGGGCUAGCGGAAGGGGAGCCAGGGGAAGGGGCUGGGCUGUUGGAGCAGGAGGAGCAGAAGUCGGGGCAGUUGAUGCAGAACUGGGAGGUGGAGGCGCCUCAAGAAACGGAUCGUGCCAUCAGAACAUACAGCAUGCUGAGGUUGGUGAGGGUGGCGAAGAAUGAGGGGAUGGCGCCUCGGAAGAUGUUGCGGGCAAAGUCACUGGGGAGGUGGGGUGGUGGGAGAGAUGGAGGUGAGAGGGGUGGAGGUGAGAUGGGUGGAGGUGAGAGGGGUGGAGGUGAGAGGGGUGGAGGUGAGAUGGGUGGAGGUGAGAGGGGUGGAGGUGAGAGGGGUGGAGGUGAGAUGGGUGGAGGUGAGAGGGGUGGAGGUGAGAUGGGUGGAGGUGAGAGGUGUGGGCUCAAGCAAAGAAGGGAGGGUGCCUUGGAAGAUGUUGCGGGCAAAGUCACUAGAAUGGUUGGAGGGAUGGGUGGUGGGAUGGUGGGAGGCAGAGGUAAUAGGAGGGAUGGGUGGUGGGAUGGUGGGAGGCAGAGGCAAUGGGAGGGAUGGGUGGUGGGAUGGUGGGAGGCAGAGGCAAUGGGAGGGAUGGGUGGUGGGAUGGUGGGAGGCAGAGGCAAUGGGAGGGAUGGAUGGUGGGAUGGUGGGUGGCAGAGGCAAUGGGAGGGAUGGAUGGUGGGAUGGUGGGUGGCAGAGGCAAUGGGAGGGAUGGAUGGUGGGAUGGUGGGUGGCAGAGGCAAUGGGAGGGAUGGAUGGUGGGAUGGUGGGUGGCAGAGGCAAUGGGAGGGAUGGAUGGUGGGAUGGUGGGUGGCAGAGGCAAUGGGAGGGAUGGAUGGUGCGAUGGUGGGUGGCAGAGGCAAUGGGAGGGAUGGAUGGUGA